CGGGGAAGAGGAUUCGGCCUGUUUUGGGGUCUCCCCGCAUCGGCCAAUGGGAAAAAGCUGUUUGACGCUCUUUCCACAGGGUGCUAGGCGGCCCGUUUCCUUUGCCAACAGAGUGCUUGGGGCUGCGGGUCUUGUGGCUGAGAAGAAGAGACAGCGGGACUAAGGAUAGUCUCAAAGUGUUAAAAUAAGGGUGUGACGGGGCCUAAAAGGAAUAGGCAUCAGGGAAAGAAAAAGAGGAAGGAAAAGGCAGACUGGGGCAGAGAGAAAAGAUAGUAAAAGAAGGAUGUGUUUCACGAACAAUCAGGCGCUGCUGCCGCCUCCUAAAACAAAGGUGAAGCAAUGAGGAUUAUGGGACUUGUAGUUUUACAGGUUGGAAAACGGCGGAAAUCGCGCACAAGCGCAGCACCUGUUUUCAGCUGCGCAUGCUCUUUGGCCUCGGGAGCACGCCGCCCGGGGCGGGGGGUGGAGCUUGUUCGCGUCCUCGCGCCUUUUCUUCGUGGCGGGAAAACUGGAUCCAGGUUGUAGGGGCUUGCAGAAUCGCUGCAAGUGCUCACUCUACUGCUCUCGUUUAGGUCCUCCUCGCUCCAGAAGCUUUUAAUAUUCGUUAUUGUGGAAGAAUUUGUCUGAAACAGAGGAGCAGUGUCAGCAAGUGAUUCUCUGGCUUUCUAUUCUCUAUUGAUCAGAGGCAAAGGAAGGUAGCCUCAGAGCUGAAAGAUGACAACAUUACAAAAUAAAGAAGAAUGUAGGAAGGGACCAAAGAAAUCCUUUGCCCCGCCUGCACAAAAAUUGCAUAGACUGAUGCCCUCUAGCCGUAACUCACUCAAAGAGGACACUCUGAGGAUCAAUUCCCCAGAGUUAGAGGCCAAGCCAAGCCUGCCAAAGGCCAGGUUAGAGAAGAAGAAUGAGAAAGCAACCACAGAGAAUGGUCAAGGCAGUGGCCAAGAGAAGAAAGGAAAGGAUCUAUACAACAAACAAGCAGAGAAGAAAGCAGAAAAGGAAGGAGCAAGUCUUACCAAUGCAGAAUUUGAGGAGAUUGUUCAGAUUGUGCUGCGGAAGUCCUUACAGGAGUGCUUGGGGGUAGGAUCUGGCCUUGGUUUGGCAGAGAUGUCCUGUGCCCAGCCCAUAGCAUGUACCCAAUCAGACAAGGAACCAGAACUUACUUCAAUGACUGUUGAUAAUGAUAAUGCUGAUGGGCUAAUUGUGCCUCAUACUCCAGAGAUUUCAGCAUCACAGGAAAAUGAAGUUGUCCCUGAGAUAAAUGCAUCUAAGCCAGGCCAGCCAGAUCCUGCAUCUUCUGAGAAGAAAUUCAAUAAACUCUCCUUAAACAAAAGAAAGAUGGAAGCUCAAAAUGAAAAACUGGAGAAACUCCAGGGCAAACAUGAGCACAGACAGAAAGACCAACCAAAGAAAACAGCUCGGAAUCAUUCUCAGAUCAGGGACCAGCAAAAAGGAGAGGGAGGUGGUUUUGGUCAGUGUCUAGUCUGGGUCCAGUGUUCUUCCCCGAACUGUGAGAAAUGGAGGCGGCUGCAUGGAAACAUCGACCCCUCUGUUCUCCCAGAAAAUUGGUCCUGUGACCAGAAUACAGACUUGGAGUAUAAUCGCUGUGAUAUUCCUGAAGAGACCUGGACAGGACAUGAGAGUGAUGUGGCUUAUGCCUCCUACAUCCCAGGAUCCAUCAUCUGGGCCAAGCAAUAUGGCUACCCCUGGUGGCCAGGCAUGGUAGAAUCUGAUCCUGACCUGGGGGAAUAUUUUCUUUUUGCUUCUCAUCUUGAUUCCCUACCGUCUAAGUACCACGUGACAUUUUUUGGAGAAACAGUUUCUCGUGCUUGGAUCCCAGUCAACAUGCUAAAGAACUUUCAGGAGCUGUCCUUGGAGCUAGCUGGAGCGAAAAAGUGCAGGAACAAGGACUGCAGCCAGAAACUGGGGGCAGCUCUAAUUAUGGCUCAAGCGGCAGAACAGAUCAGCAUUCAGGAACGGGUUAACUUAUUUGGUUUCCGAAGCCGGUACAAUGGACUUGACAGUGCCAGGGAAGGAAAAGACUUAAUGCUUUCUGGGCCUAACAGCCCAGAUUCCUACUUGGAGAAAGAAGAGGAAGUAGAGUCAGAGAUGGAGGAGGAAGAAGAAAAAAGAGCACUAAGAAAAAAUUUAAAGCUCCCCAAAGCAAGUCUUUGGUAACCAGCUUGUCUAAGGAAAGAGAAGCUAGAAUGGUGCCAAAGGGCCUGGCCCCACCCACUCCUAGUCAGGUCCAUCUCACGGUGGAGAAAGAAAGGCCUGGGCACCAGGAACCAAUGCAUCGGG